GUGCGAGGCCUGCGUGCAGCAAUGUCCUGAGGACUGAGCUGACAGGGGGCGGGGUUCAUCCUUCAUGGCUCUGAAGUACAUGGCAUGGCCCCCUUGCUGCCUGCUAACAUCCCUGGAAAGGAAACGCCUCUUCGGGUUUUGGCUAGCCACAGGGAACUGAUGCUGAGUUUCCACAGCUGGGGAGGCUGGAGCUGAGCUCCCCUGCUUGCUUCCUGCCCCCCACUGUGAGAGGAUUUAACCCUGCGAUGGCUGAAUUAAAAAGGACAAGGCGCUAGGAAUAACUUUCCUCAGUUAGACUAAGCAGCCAGGCCUUGGUCAAGUCCCGAGCACUUGGCUCGCUCCUCUGUUGCUAGUGUCUGGAUUAGAGAAGGUUGCGUGUCUUCUUUAUAGCCCACAAGGGAGUGCUGCAAAGUCAAUGCUGUCGGGCGACGCAGUGGACAGAGCGCUGCACUGGGAUUCAGGGGAGCUUGGCUCUGACCUGGGGAGGCCCUCCAGGUCACACUCCACCAUGUCACUCUCCGUGCGGCCCCAGCGGCGUGCCCUUGCCUCCAGGAUCAAUAGGAGCCAGUCCUUCGCCGGCCUGAAUUCAACCCAGGACAAGGCCUUCAGGAACCUGCCUCCCUUCAGCACACCCACGGUGUCCAGGAAGACUGGCUCCCGUGUCAGGAGGAUGUUCUCCAUGUCCCACAAGUCCCCCCCUCCCAAGGUGCCGCAGCCUGACCGGCUGGACGAGGUGUACGAAGCGCUCAAGAAGGGCCUGACAGCCUACCUGGAGGUGCACCAGCUGGAACUGGAGAAGCUCAGCACCCAGAUCCGCGAGUCCAAGAGGAAUUCACGCCUGGGCUUUCUCUACGAUCUCGACAAGCAAGUCAAGUCGAUCGAGCGGUUCCUGCGCAGGCUGGAGUUCCACGCCAGCAAGAUUGACGAGCUCUACGAGUCGUACUGCAUCCAGCGGCGGCUUCGCGAUGGGGCCCACAACAUGGUCAAGGCCUACACCGCGGCCUCCCCGGGCAGCCGCGAGGCACGCGACAGCUUGGCCGAGGCCAGCAAGGGCUACAAAGAGUACACUGAGAACAUGUGUGUGCUGGAGAGCGAGCUGGAGAGCCAGCUGGGGGAGUUCCACAUCAAGAUGAAAGGACUGGCCGGGUUUGCCAGGCUCUGUGCUGGGGACCAGUAUGAGAUCUUCAUGAAGUACGGGCGCCAGCGCUGGAAGCUGAAGGGGCGCAUUGAGGGGAACGGGAAGCAGGUGUGGGACAGCGAGGAGAUGGUCUUCCUGCCCCUCAUCACAGAGUUCCUCUCUAUCAAGGUGACAGAGCUCAAGAGCCUGGCCAACCACGUGGUGGUGGGCAACGUCUCGUGUGAAACCAAGGACCUGUUUGCGGCGCUGCCGCAAGUGGUGGCUGUCGACAUCAAUGAUCUGGGCACCAUCAAGCUCAGCCUGGAGGUGAACUGGAACCCCUUCGACAAGGACGAUCAGCCCUCAGCUGCCAGCACGGUCAACAAAGCAUCCACUGUCAACAAGCGAUUCUCCACCUACAACCAGAGCCCACCUGACACGCCCUCCCUCCGGGAGCAGGCCUUCUAUAACAUGCUGCGGCGGCAGGAGGAGCUGGAGAACGGCACGGCUUGGUCUAUCUCCUCGGAGUCGUCGGACGAUUCCUCCAGCCCCCAGCUGUCAGGCUGCGCCCGCCACGCCUCCCAGAAGCCCAUUGUACAGCCUGAGGUGCAGGCCUCCGCCCCCGCCAUCGAGAUCGCUUUCUCCCAGCAAGAGGAGGCGGGCGCUGCAGCCGAGCCGCCCGGCCGGCAGGAGGAGCCAGGGGGUGAGAGGAAGGAGAUGGUGGCCAAUGGGCACGUGCCCUACUCCCGGACUCUGAGCCACAUCAGCGAGAGCAGCCUGGACGUGGCAGUGGAUUGCAGGGAGGGCCCCAGCGCCCACAGCAGGGAACCUUCACCAGUCCCCCAGGACCCCAGCACCAGGGAGCUGUCUCCCCUGGAAAUGGACGCCCUCCCCGAGGCGUCAAACCCACCAGCGCCCUGGGCAGGGCUGGACAUGGGCCCGGAGGCUGAGUCCUGUGGGGCCGUCUCUCAGGCCAAGGCCUGUGAGCCUGUGGUGGGGCGGGCGGAGGCUGCUGUGUGCCAAGCUCUGGGGCCGCAGGGACGUGAGGUCUCCCCGGGCCAGCCGGUGGUGCUGCAGCCGGUCUCAGAGGAGAGGAGGAGGCUGGCCCCUGCCUGGCUCUCACCCCCCAGCCCAGCAGAGGUGCCAAGGCCCAAGCCUGUGGACUGCGGCCUGGAGGAGGCCAUCGGCUCGCUGGGCUCGGCCCUGGACGACUAUCGGGGACAGUUCCCCGAGCUACAGCUGCUGGAGCGGGAGCUGAAACGCCUGGAGGAGAUCCUCAUGCACAAGCAGGGCGUCUUCCUGAGCCGUGCCUCCAGCAUCAGCCUGACGGUGGAGCACGCCCUGGAGAGCUUCAGCUUCCUCAACACCUCGGACAUGGACGACUCGGAGGGCUCGGAGGAGGAGGGCAGCCGGAGUGAGCGGAGGGCUGGCGGGACCCGUGCUGUGGUCGGGGCUUUGGGAGGCUGUGAGGCCACAGCCGAGGACAUUGGCAUGUGCAGCAGCUCUGAGGGCAGCUCUGACCCCAUGAGCACUGGCAAUGAGUUCCUGGACAGGGCCGUGGUCCUGCACCUCAGUAACUGCAACCACUUGCUGCUGAAACUGGGCACGUAUGGGCCGCUGCGGUGCCGGGAGAUGUACGCCCUGGACAAGCUGAUGAGGGAAGCGCAGGUGCUGGAGAUUGUCUGCCAGCUGACGGAGGAGAAAUCGGGAGCGGCCAGCGCUGCAGCAGAAGUGGUGCAGUUCUCCACCCGGAAAGACGGGGUGCUGGCCUUCUGGGACCGCUGCGUGGAGCAGCCCGAUGUCUACACCUGCUCUGUGGAGAGGUUCCUGCACAUGCUCAGUGCCCAGUAUGCAGUGCCCAUGGCUGAGCGGCAGUUGGGCCUGGCAGACUCGGUGUGCGUGAAGCUCGUGGAGGAUGUGUUGGCCCGGCGGCUGCCCAAGCGGCCUGGGAGCAGCCAAGGUGAGCAGCUCACCAUCUUCCAGUACUGGAGCUACUUCGAGUCACUUCCUGUGUCUACGCUGGAUGCCUACAUCGUGGAGCUGGCUGAGGAAGUGCUGCUGACCCAAAACCUGAACUCGGACGACCAGGAUGUAGUGCUGAAGGCGCUGAAGCGAGUGCCCGAGAGCCGGCUCAAGAAGGACGGGCUGAAGGCCAUGAGCUCGCUGCUCAUCAAGGGCAACAGCAAAGUCAUCAGCGCUGUGUCCGCCCAGCUGCGCAGCCUCGCCGAGAACCCCCGCUUCCGGGAACGGGUGAGCGCCCCAGGGCCCUCGCACCCCUGGCUGGGAAUGGGGCUCAAGGGGAGGGAGGCAGAAUGGGGGCGGUACCAGCUGCUCUCAGAGGCUCUUUCCAGCCCUGGGGUGCUGAUGUCUGUGUCCCCCAGGCUCUGGUGUGGUACUUGGAGCAGCUGGAAGAUGAAGAGGCGCAGAUGCGAAUUGCCAGCUGCGCAGCCCUGGGGUGUCUCAAGGCCAAAGAAAGCAUUGAGCAGCUGGUGUAUCUCUGCCAAACGGACAAGGAAGACGUGCGGGAGGCAGCCAAGCAGAGCCUGAUGCUGUGCGGGGAAGAUGGUAAAUCGGCUCACCGGCGGCUGGAGGAGACUCUGAACAGCUUACCAAGGAUCUUCGCACCAGGCAGCAUGGCCAGCACAGCUUUCUGAGACACGCUGGCACUAACAUACUUGUGAUCCCUUUGGGGUGAAGGUACCAGGGAGCUGCUGAAGGCUCACACAGCCUGGGCCCAGCUCCCAUCCCUUGGGAACAUGCAGCAGUAUUAGUACUUCCCUGCCAGCCCGACACACCCCACUCACUGCCUUACAGAGCACAGCUUUCCCUCCCCCCGGCGCUGUGCCAGAGGGGCUGCUGAGCACACCACCAUGGAGAAUUGGGGCUUUGGACGCUCCCCUCCCCUCCAACUUGCUUUUCUGUUUCAACUUGCUAGGUGGGGCCAGAGCUUGUGCGCCUCUGCUGAAGAUUGGGUUGGCACAUGAAGUCUGCACUGGGACUCCUUCCAGUAGCUCACAGACAGCUCAAACUUCCCCAGCUGGACAUGCACUUUGAGGCAAUGUUGUUUCUUUCUGGGAGCUCCCUUUGCUGUGGGCAUCAUCCUCCUUCAGCGCCUGGAGCCCCCGGGACUCAAAUAAAACGAGACAUAGAUAUUAAUAUAUUCUGCUGGCUUAUCUUCUUUUCAGCUCCAAGUGUCUCCUGCCUCCCCUGCCCCUGCGUUGGCCGCAGGGACCCCAAGCUGAGCCUUCCCCUGGUGUUAGUCGUCAUUUUUAAAGCAGGGUGGGGGACAGGAGCAACGGAGAGAGGGGACCGAUGGACAGAAGCUGCCACCUUUUUGGUUUAUUUUAUUUUGUAUUUACCGAGUUUUGCAGAAAAGCAAAAGCAAAAAAAUCUUUUCUAUAAAGUCUCUAUAAAUCUAUAUAUAAUGUAAUUACAGAGAAUGGCUAAUUUUGAUUUUAAACCAGAAAUAAAAAUAAACCUUUAAUGAGCAAA